GUGAGUGAUACGCGGAGGCUUCGUCGGCGUACACUCGCGCAGAGGACGUUAGCCCGCGACCGGCCGCCGGAACGCACGUCUCCCGCGACUGCAUCAUAUCGUGGCAGGUGUCGGUGCCGUGAUGGUUUAAACGUGUUACAGUUCGUGUGUGCUCGACUUUACCAUACCUGUGCGGAUUGUCGGAUACCCCCCAUCACAAUGGGAGAAUCACUGCUGAAAGAGGAUCCUCUAUCCAGGAUCCAGCGAGAGAUCAUAGAAGUCACAGAAAGAGAAAGAGAAUUCAAGGAAGGACACUUCAGAAUCAACAGGCUGAUGUCUGAGUCAACAAUAGACGUGAACCAUCAGAAUGGUCACGUGAACGGCGACGCUGAGCUCAAGCCGCAGAAGACCCUCAACAGAGCCGUGUCCACGUCACACCUGCUCGGUCCCAUUGCGCCGUCGCCUCCCGUCACACCCUCACUCCUCAACACAAAUGGAUACACGAGGCGGUUUACGCCCCAGACGGGGACAAAGGGAAUUAUGCAGCGAUUUAUUGCAAACAAGGGCAAGCUGCCUGCUAGCCCCGCAGGAGGCAUUCCUUCCACCCCUACCACACCGCUAGCUCCGCCGCUAGUGUUCCCAACAAUGCCGGUGAUCGCGCCUGUGGUCUCGCCUCCCGUCAUCACCCGCACGCCAGAGGGAAAACCAGUCAGGAAAGGUUAUGUACCCGUUGAGGAGAAAAUACAGAAAGAAUUACAGGAAAUGAAAGACAGAGAGCAUGAGCUCAAAAAGAUGAGGAAGAAACAAAAGCCAUACGACUUGGAGUUGAGUGAUAAUGAGACUAGCUCUGAGUCUGAGGACGAGGAGAUCCCCCUGCCUGGUAAACUAAAGGCUACCAAGUCGAUAGGCGAGCUGUAUGAAGCACUAAAUGAAGAACUGCGGUCGCCCUCGCCACGAAACAGCUCGGGUCACGACUCCAUCGGCAGCCUCAAGCCCGCGAAGUCACUGGCGGAGCUGUGCACGCUCGCGCCGGGAGAGGAGUUCCUCGCGCCCAGCUCCACGCGGCUCAUAGCCAAGUGGGAGUCCCUCAUACAGCAGAAGCAAGAGGCCGGCGCCGCUUAGGAUGUAACAAAUGUUCGGAAAGGCUAACUGGUUCAAUAUGUUGAUAUAACGGGCGCAUGUCGCCAGCUAAACUCCGUCGCGUUUGGAAGCAGCUGCCGCAUAGUGGAAAUUGUAUGCAAGGCCGAAAGUGGCAACGUUCGGGUAGCUUCGGUUCGUGUGCUAAUUUACGAACAGAUGUGAGUGAAGUUCAGUAUCCAAUCAAAACCGGCUCGGGUCAAUACGGCCACGUUUAAUAGUUUUACGUAAAUGAUAAAUUCCAUCAGUGCGCGUUUGGUGCCAUGUUUUGCCGAUCGAUUUCUUUCGUCUAUCAAUCGAUUGUGCAGCAAUUAAUUUUCUCCAGAUUGCGAACAAUGCAAAUGAUGGUUAUCCGUAACAGCAAUUAUCUCGCGCGCUCGCGCACUUGGAAAGCGGCCGACACACGAUGCGAACUCGUCUCCCAAGUGUGAGUAAAAUGGUUUCUUCCUAUUGUUUGUCGUCAAUCGGGUGAAUUGAAAAACUCGAUCGAGUUUUUCGGUGUGGCGCCGCUUUCCCGCGCGCCGCCGCGGUGUGAGCCGAGUGUCGCGCACUACGGGCCGCUCUUUGUGCCUGUGAGAACACGACAGUAAGAAACAAGCCAAUAACACCUUGAAAUCGGCUCCCAGUAUUGUCGAGAUAUCGCACUUGAGCACAUUUAUUAUGAGUACACCGUAUUUCCGGUUUAGUUUGUAAGCGUUUAAGUAGUGGCGUAUUUGCAAGUUUUAUAACACCUUCAAAAUAUUCAAGUAAUUAAUGCAGAAAGUAUUUUACUUGAAUUCGCUUUCGCUUUAGCUAAAGUUAUGAAUUCCGAGCGACGAACAAUAUGAUUAACUCUUAUCUGUUGUACUUUCGUUUAUUGCAUUCACUAUGCCGGGUGGUUACAUGAUUUAUUCAUCGUUCAAAAGAUUAUAGCAUUCUUUCACAUAAUGUGGCUGUGGCCAGGCCUGGCAGCCGACUCGAGCUCCGGUAGAUAUGAACUAGUCGAAGCUGGACUUCGUGUUUUAUAUUUAUUGUUAUUUACAUUGAAUUUUAUAGAGUAUCUUACAUUAGGCCGUAGACAUACUCGAUUGUGUUGUUCAGAAAUCUAUGCCAAACUCUAACACUAGCAACUCUGCUGAACUGUUGCAGUCUGCUCUGGUUAUUUACUGUCUAAAUGGGAUUUAGAAGAACUAAUCGACAAUAUGCAAAAAGCCUUAUUUUUCGAAUUUAUGAUACGAAUUAAGCUUUUUACGAAAUGGCAAGCACGUAGUGAUCGCAAGCUCACUCAGAGCCGUCGUGUCUGUCUGUAUGUCUGUACCGAUCGCUAUAUAUACCUAUAGGUCCUAUGUACCUACCUACACACGUGAAGUGUACCUUAUAAGUGUCAAAUAGUCUGUGCCUUACAUUUAUACGCUAGAAUUUAGCACAAUAAUAUAAAGAUAACAAGAAAUGUGCAUUUCCUAAAUAUUUCUAUGACAAAGCUGUUUCUAGAACACUAACGAAGAUAUUAGUAAUGGUAAUGAAAGCUAAUUAUCAGUCUAACGUUUAAUAAUGAUGUAGUGGUGAUCGCAGCUGUAGUGUAACUAGGUUGUUCAAUAGUUUACUUGGUAAAGUAUAAAUAUUAGGCGUAUAACGUCUUUGAAAUAUUUUUCAAAUAAAUUCUUUACUAAAAUCUUCGUUCAGAGUUGCCUUAUUAUGUGAAAGGAGUAGUUUAGUAACUUGUACUUUUUUAGCACUAGCAACACCACGUCACUAGUACUAAAUGUAUAAAUUAAUUGAUUAGGUACUUAAACGAAACAUUUUCCUUUAGCAUAAUAAUUAAAUAGUCAAUUUAAUUUAAUAGUAUAGUGCAUAGAUCAAAAUAAUAAUUACUGAGAUUGAUAGUGUUAAUUGUUGCAAUAUUUUAAUAGUAGUUAUUGUAAGUUUGUUUCUAUUUAUGAUCAGUGCCACAUGGUAAAAACAUAUUUAUUGUUAAAAAAGAGGCCUUGACAAAACAAAUUCCUAUUUAUACAAAAGUAUAGUUUUUCAGCAUAAUUUUAACAAAUUGUGAUAUGAAAUUGCCUUAAAAUAUAAUAUAUUAAAAUAUUACAAGUAAAGCUAUUUGUACGUCAGAGAAGACACUCGUAAACUUUACAAGAGGUACCUAUACUGUCCAUAUUAGAUGUGAAAUGUUAAUUUAUGUUUGUUUAAGAAUUUUUCGCAAUAAAUAUUGUAAAAACGA